CUGUUCCUCUACAGGCAGAUAUCCCCCCACCCCUCCUCUGUGACGGGGAUGGUGUGGUCCAGGAAGCGCGCUCCCUCCGCUCCCUCCGCUCUCCUCCCCCGGCAGGAGGAGUGAAUCAGCUGACGAAUGGUAUCUCCCUCCUCUCUCCUCUCCCGGAUGGAUCGCGCCGCUGAAGCCGGCCAGCCGGAGCGCUAUAGCUGACUCCGGAGAGCAGGCUGUGCGCACCGCUCGCCCUCCUCCUGCGGGACGAACCGAGCCUUGAGUAAAAAAAAAAAAAAGCCACCGGGGAAGAGCCUACUUUAGUUCACAUCUCGCUGAUUUUUACUCCGGACUGGAAGCCAGCCUCGCUUCCCCCUUCAGCAUGGCUUCCAACUUCAACGACAUAGUCAAGCAGGGAUACGUGAGGAUACGGAGUAAGAAACUGGGGAUCUUCCGGAGGUGUUGGCUCGUGUUCAAGAAGGCCUCCAGUAAAGGACCCAGACGGUUAGAGAAGUACCCAGACGAGAAGGCAGCCUACUUCAGGAGCUUCCACAAGAUCACUGAGCUCCAUAACAUCAAGAACAUUACCCGGAUGCCACGGGAGACAAAAAAGCACGCUGUGGCGAUCAUCUUCUGUGACGACACGUCCAAGACAUUUGCCUGUGAAUCAGAGCUGGAUGCAGAGGAAUGGUGUAAGCUGCUGUGCGUGGAGUGCCUCGGCAGCCGUCUCAACGACAUCAGCCUGGGAGAGCCGGACCUGUUAGCAGCGGGGGUGCAGCGGGAGCAGAACGAACGUUUCAACGUGUACCUGAUGCCCACCCCUAACCUGGACAUCUACGGGGAGUGCACCAUGCAGAUCACCCAUGAAAACAUCUACCUGUGGGACAUUCACAACGCCCGCCUCAAACUCAUCAUGUGGCCGCUCAGCUCCCUGCGCAGAUACGGCAGAGACUCCACCUGGUUCACCUUUGAGUCCGGCAGGUGGGCGAUGUGUGACACAGGAGAGGGUUUGUUCACGUUCCAGACGCGGGAGGGGGAGAUGAUCUACCAGCGGGUCCACUCGGCCACGCUGGCCAUUGCCCAGCAGCAUGAGAGGAUGAUGGAGGAGAUGGAGAAGAGCUCCCAGAUCCACUCCAGAGAGACGCUAACCAAGUCCAUCUCCCUGCCACGCAGCGCCUACUGGCAGCACAUCACGCGUCAGACCAGCGUGGGGGAUCUCUACAGUUACCAAGGUACAGGUCUGGCUAUGACGUUCAUCCCUCGAGCACAGACUUUCCCCAGCUUCCUGUCUGAUGAGCCUGAACAGGAGGACAGCCAGCACCAGGAAGAGGCACCGUCGCCCCCCAGUGGCUGCGGAUCUAGUUGCAGCCUGAGACCCCUCCAAUGACAGAGAGCUGCUCCGCCAACACUGGACACUUUACCCACCACUGUAGAGAGGAUGUAGAAAUAUGUAUAGCGACAUGUGUAAUAUAUAAUUUCCUGCUUAUACUUUCCAGACAAUAGUGCGAACUGUAAGAGUUGACGUGAAAAGGAUCUUUGAGGGGAUUUGUAUCCUUUCUUUCUUGCAGGAAGUAUGACAGCAGAAGUAGCUUCAAAGAUUGCACCAAAAAAAAUCAUUUCAAGUGUAGGUUUAUGUUGUCAAUAUCCUCUUAAAGCCAGCAUGAUCCCUAUUUUUUUUUUAAUGAACAAGAAGGCACUAAAGAUUCAGUCUUAAAAAAAAAUAAUAAUAACAACAAAAGGUUUUGUCCGGUGUGCAGCCUCAAUUCAAGUGAAGCUUCACCAGUUCGGACAGAUAUUCCUCCCACUCCAACAAAACACUCUUCCUCUCGAAAAACGUGAAAUUGAUCAAUGCCUCGUGCAGAAAACGAGUUGAUGGUGAUUGCAGGUUUUAAUCGGCUGCAGCCGGCAAAGAGGUAGAAAAGGAAAAAGUCAUUCAGAAAUGUGCUUCAAGGAUAUGGGAACGGACUGUCAUGUCAGAAAUGAUAAAGUGCAACCUUCUCACAGCCUCUGCUUUAAACUGCCAACCUUUUCUCCAGAGCUAUUUGAUUUUAAUAGCCCCUCCCCGGCCUCAUACAUACAGUGGCUCUUAUCUGAUAACUGGUUCAUUAGCAAAAAGGCGGAAGGAAGGAGAAGCAGUUUGACUAGAUGAGUUAUGCAAAGUAGAGGUGAAUUUGGCAACGUGGGUGCAAGACGUGAACAUUCAAAUGUGGAAAAAACACGCGAAAACAUAAACUCCACAAAUUGACUUAAACAGGUAGAUAUGGGCGUACACACUUCUCUUGACAAGAAGACAAAAUAUAUUGUAAUUUAACGGGAUAAAAUGAAGAAUGGAGGGUAUGCACGUGACGUCACAGCCAGCAAAGUCUCCAUGGUUACGGCCACCGAGUGGUGACCGUUGAACAUGGAGAUUAGCAUCAUUAGCUUGAAUAAUAGACUUUAAUAACGUCUAAAUUAUAAAAUUUAUUUUU